UUCACUCAUAGGCACCUGUCUCUGGUUUUGAUUCACAGCUGAAGGAAAAAUGUAGAAGCAAAGCAAAUAGAUGGACGAGCACCGUUGCACCUGAGCAAUGUCGAAGCUAUUUCUUCGAAGAACCACGCUCGUCUAUCCCGAGCUUUCCCCUUGGAUCAUUUCAAGAGUAUAUUGUUCGUCACCAUCUUCUUCUUCUUCUUCGCUAAUAUCUCCGUCCCCUUCUGAUCUUACAAACGCUAUUCUUAGUUGCCGAACCCCUUACCAAGCCCUCGGGUGCUUCAAUGCCUCUAUGAAACGAAUAAACCCGGCCGAGAAUGCCCAGCCCUUUUCCGCUAUCGUCCACGUCUUAACCAGGGCUAAAUUGUACACCAAGGCCAGGUGCUUGAUAAAAGACUUCAUCCAGAAGCUGCAAAAGUCUCGCAAGCCCCGCCGGGUCUGUCAUCUUGUUUUCACUGCGCUUAACCGGUUAGAAAGCUCCAAAUUCACUCCCAAUGUGUUUGGAGUGUUAAUCGUUGCGUUUUCUGAAAUGGGUCUUGUUGAGGAAGCCCUGUGGGUGUAUAAAAAGAUUGGAGCUUUGCCUGCAGUGCAGGCGUGUAAUGCGCUCUUAGAUGGGUUGGUGAAAAGGAGUAGGUUUGAGUCAAUGUGGGAACUCUAUGGGGACAUUUUAUCACGUGGGUUGAGUCCUAAUGUUGUGACGUAUGGCGUAUUGAUUGAUGGAUGUUGUAAGCAAUGUGAUAUCUCAAAGGCACGUAAGCUAUUCGAUGAAAUGGUUGAGAAGGGGAUUGAACCGACAGUCGUGGUCUACACAAGUCUUAUACGCGGUCUUUGCAGUGAGAGUGAAAUGGCAGAAGCAGAAAAGGUGUUUAAAAUGAUGCGGGAUUCUGGUGUGCUCCCCAAUUUAUACACUUACAACAUUCUUAUGGAUGGUUACUGCAAGAUGGCCAAUAUUAAACGAGCUCUCAACUUGUAUCAGGACAUGCUUGGUGAUAGCUUGUGGCCAAAUGUUGUUACAUUUGGUAUCCUAAUAGAUUCACUCUGCAAAUUGGGUGAACUGAUGGCUGCCCGAAACUUUUUCGUUUGUAUGGCUAAGUUCGGUGUUGUUCCUAAUGUAUUUGUAUAUAAUUGUUUGAUUGACGGCCACUCUAAGGCAGGGAAUUUGUCUGAAGCAAUGAAUUUGCAAUCAGAGAUGGAAAAGCUUGAUAUUUUACCAGAUGUCUUCACUUUCAGUAUUCUUAUUAAGGGUCUUUGCAGCUUGGGUAGAGCAGAAGAUGCAGAUUCUUUGUUUAAAAGUAUGAUAGAAAAUGGAGUCCUUGCUAAUUCAGUGACAUACAAUUCACUAAUUGAUGGAUUUUGUAAACAAGGCAAUAUGGAGAAGGCUUUGGAACUGUGUUCUCAAAUGACUGAAAAGGGUAUAGAACCCAAUGUCAUCACCUUCUCUACCUUAAUUGAUGGUUAUUUCAGGAAAGGAAACAUGGAUGCUGCUAUGGGUUUGUACUCGGAAAUGAUAAUCAAAAGUCUUGCGCCUGAUAUUGUUGCUUACACAGCUUUGAUUGAUGGAUAUAGUAAACAGGGUAACAUGAAAGACGCUCUCCGGCUGUACAAAGAAAUGCUACAGACAGGCCUCACCCCCAAUGUAUUCACGAUUAGUUGCUUGAUUGAUGGACUCUGUAAAGAUGGAAGGACUUCUGAUGCGAUCACACUUUUUUUGGAGAUAACUGGAGCUGCUUCCACCGGAGAUGAAAUCAAUAGAACAGAUAGUAGCUUCUGUUCCCCAAAUCAUGUGAUGUAUACAACUAUAAUUCAAGGUUUGUUUAGCGAUGGGCAGAUUUUCAAGGCCACUAAGUUUUUCUCAGAUAUGAGAUGCUAUGGUCUCAGACCAGAUAUCGUCACUUACAUUAUCAUGUUACAGGGGCAUUUCCAAGCCAAGCAUAUGCUAGAUGUGAUGAUGUUGCACGCAGAUAUGCUUAAGAUGGGUGUCAUGCCAAAUGCAGUCAUGUACCAUGUUUUGGCAAGGGGUUAUCGAGAAAAUGAACAUCUGAAAUCAGCUCACAGGUGUUCUGAGGAUUCACUUGAUGCAGGUCUUGGGGGUUUUGAAUUAGGAGGACUGAUGCCAGGAUCUUUCUUGUUUACAGGAAGCAACAGUUCUGAGUGAGGACCACACUAAAGUGGUCGGAUGUAAUUUCCUCAGCUGGAAGGUCGACCUUCUUUGAAGGACCUUGGAGACCUUUGAGAGGGCAUACAACAGCCCAUCUCUAUCUUUUGCAGCUUGCAACGUGAUAAGUCAUGUCGACAUUUCCUUGCCAUAUUCUUCUCUCUACCAAAUGGUGUCGCUUAAGCAUGCCACGAUGACUGGUCUUCAACUUUGAGGAGCUGUGGCUGUGCACAUCCGUGGCUUUUUAAUGUGGAUAACUAAAUUCUAAGAGCUACUAAUUAAUCGUGUAAAGAGAAGAAGCUUGACUGAUUUGGCUUGUUUGGAAGAUUUGUGAUAUCAGUCCUGUGCGCUCUGGGCUUCUCCCUUUUCCAAACAUCAGUUCAACGUAUUGCUAAUUUGCUACAGCACAGUAGUAAGUAGUUGGUGUAAUACUAGCGCCUGAAUGGGGUCUUUUGGUGCAAAUGAGGCAAUUAAGAACUCAGAAUUUACAAUACAAAUGAAUACCUUUUGAAGUAUUGUUCUUUCAUCUAAAUGUUAUUGCCAUUCAACU